CCUUCCACACUGAUUGAUUUCAAAGAAUGCUGGAGUCAGUUGAAAAUUCUUAUUGAAGCAGAGGAUGGAGACUUAGCUACAUUCUUACAUGUAGUGUUACUUGCAGAGCAAAGUGUACUCAACCAAGCUGAAUGUGAUACUUUAGAGAGCCGUGACAAAUGGGAAGAUGUUUUUACCGAAAAAUGUGCUAUUUUACUUAAGGAUUGGAGGGAGAAAUGUCGUACUUUCAAAAUCCAGUGUUAUGAGAAAAUGGGAAUACCUCAAGAUUGCAUGGAAACGCAAGUGGAAGAAGCCAGCAACCAGCUGAAAGUUGACAUGCAUCUGCCAAGGCUAUUCAAACUCACCAGUCCAGCUACAUUCCAACUUUUUGAAGCUAAUGUUGCAAACCAACAACUAGAUGAAGCAUAUCCUUUGUUAGCCUUGUUCCUUCAAUGGUACAGCAGCCUCACACUUCUAAGACAUUUGCCAGGUUUACUGGAUUGGCAUAAAACAGUCACAAGAUUACAAAACCGUCAAUUGAAACGAAAACAUGCAAAAGAAUCCCUUAUUUGUGAUAUCUUAGCCUCUGGAGGAAAAACUGAAAAGUCUGCAGAGGAGCAAGAAAAAAACAUGAAAUAUUUUGAGGCAUUUCAAGAAUCAUGGAAUAAACUACGAGAGCAUACAGAACUUUUGAAGCAACUUGGUUUAGAGACAAGUUUGAUACGUAUGCAUGAUCAACUCCCAAUUGCUGAGGUUCUUAUUGAUGAUCAAGAUUCUCCCAUCUACCAAGUUAUUUGUAAAUUAAAACAACUUCAGAAUCAUUUUCUUGGUGAGGUACAGAUGCUAAGUGUAACCAAACAUUGCCCAGCUUUAAGAUUUCUGAACCAUGGCCCAGGGCUGUCCAUAAUCAAAGAGAUUCCAGUCCAGGAUGCGACUCUACAGGAUGUUAUAUGUUUAGAAAUGACUGAUGAAUGGUUGAAGGAAUUGCUGAAACAUGCACAGUGUGACACACGCUAUGGAUUGGGUAAAAUGGUUCACUUUGACUAUGACAAAAUUGAGAUGGAGUUGGGAAAUGAACUAGUUCUUGGAAAAAGCAUCCUUGUGAUGGAUUCUACAUUUCCAAUGUUUCAGUAUUCUGGAGAAUUGUUUUUUACCUCAGAGAACAUUCUUCAUGACAUUAGAAAAAACAUUCCGCAGGAAAGCCUUUCAUCUGACAUUUGCAAUGGUGUCAAACAAAAACAAGAAACAAGCCCACGAAAUGCAAGAGAUUUACUCACCAAUUUGGAAGUGGUUGUCUGCUUAUUAAAACGGACUGGUGGGUCUCCAGAACAAAGUCUAGUAGAGUAUACAGACCAUUGGUUGUCAAUGCUUCCUGCACCCUUUCCCAAAGAUCUUCUACCUUCUCCACCAGACAUUGUCAAGUUGUGCCACAUAGUGUCACUCUAUGAGAUGGUGGAAGACCUGCUGACCACAACUGCAAUUACAGCUCUCCCAGAUGAGUUUAGAGUAAAACUGUCACCAGACCAGAUGAAAGAAUUGAACCCUUUGUUAAAAACUAAAGAUUUGAAUUUGGGGGACUUCACAACAGCAGUGCGCAAGUUCAUUUUCAGGUACACUUCAAGCACAGAGCAGUCCUCUUGUGUUGACCCUAGCAAACCAUUGGUGAGUUACCUGAGCAGUACCACAUUGUGGCCAGAGGGCACCUUCAUUAAUAAAAAGAUUGCUAAAACUCUUGGAGAAGAGAACCCAAAGGACUUGAAGUUUUACAUCCCUGAAAGUUUGAAGGUCCAACAUGUGUAUGCAAUACUAGCUUACAUAGAAGAAACAGUGAAGCAAAUGAGAGACAAGGAAAGCAAAUGUCAACCAACUGUAAGGCCGAAAACUAAACGACCAAAAAAGCUCUUUUCCAAAACGUGAAACUUG